AUGGGUCCACAGAUCAAGAUGUUUGCUGGACCGCUCUCCGCCUGCACACGGCCAACCCUGUCGGGACCGCUGGCCACCUUUUCUCUAUCACGAUGCUUCUCUACCACCUCGCCCGCCCUUGAUUGGUUGACUCCGAAAUUCCAAGAAAAAUCCAAGUCACCCAAGGGUCGCCCUCACGUCGCUACCGGCGGAUCCACCCGAGGAACAACAGUCGUGUGGGGAGACUUUGGUCUGCGCAUGAAGGACCACGACCGCCGCAUGCCCGCAUCGGCGCUGAAGAUCGCUGAAGAGACCAUCAAGCGGCGGCUACGAGGAAUGAACUAUAAGCUGUACAAGCGUGUCAGCGCCAACAUUGGUGUCUACACCAAGGGUAACGAGCAGCGUAUGGGUAAGGGUAAGGGUAAGUUCGACUACUGGACUGUCCGACUGCCCGUGAGCCGAAUUGUCUUCGAAUUGAAGGGAGAUGUCCACGAGAAGAUUGCCCGCGAGGCUUUCAGAUUGGCGGGCCACAAAUUGCCUGGUCUCUGGGAAUUCGUUAACAAAAAUGACCCCCCCCGUCGUCGGUAUCACAAAGCUCGGAAACGGUGUCACUCUCGAAUCUCUCAAGCGCGCACGUAG